AUGGAGGUUGAACCAGAAAAUCUCCCCAUUCCCGAAACCAUUCUCUACACCGCUCUCUCUCCACUUCCUCUCGCCGCUGAUGAUUCCCUAGACUCUGACAACCACGGACAAUACUCCGUUUUCCGUAACGAAAUCUCUCUCAACACGCCUCAAGUCAAUUCGGUUUAUUCCACCGCUCAAGAUUUCUUCUCCCUCGAUGUUGCCGGAGAAGCCGAAGAUGCCCUCCCCGAGCCUGUUACGCCAGUUGAGCCGAAGACGCCAGUACUUGGGCCCGAACCGACGCUAGAGAGUGGUUGGUUUCGUGGGAACUGCAAAUUCAGAAGCCCCAUGCUUCAGCUUCAUAAAGAGAUAGUGGAUUUUUGUGAAUUUUUGUCACCUACUCCUGAAGAGAAAGCUAAACGUGACUCAGCAAUAGAAUCUGUGUUUGAAGUUAUAAAGCAUAUAUGGCCUCAUUGUCAGGUUGAAGUUUUUGGGUCUUUCAGGACAGGGCUGUAUCUUCCUACUAGUGAUAUUGAUGUUGUGAUUCUGAAAUCAGGCUUACCGAAUCCUCAGAUUGGUUUGAAUGCAAUUUCUAAAUCAUUGUCACAAAGGAGCAUGGCUAAAAAGAUACAGGUUAUUGGAAAGGCUCGUGUGCCAAUUAUUAAAUUCGUUGAAAAGAGGAGUGGUCUUUCCUUUGAUAUAAGUUUUGACAUAGAUAAUGGACCCAAGGCCGCCGAGUAUAUUCAGGAAGCAGUGGCUAAGUGGCCUCAACUACGGCCGUUGUGUUUGAUUUUGAAAGUAUUUUUACAACAAAGAGAACUUAACGAGGUGUAUUCUGGUGGGAUUGGUUCCUAUGCUCUCCUUACCAUGCUGAUGGCAGUGUUACGGAAUGUCCGACAGAGCCAAACUUCUACAGAGCACAACUUAGGGCUCCUUUUGGUACAUUUUUUCGAUUUUUAUGGACGUAAAUUGAAUACCUCAGAUGUCGGUGUAUCUUGUAAUGGAGCUGGCACCUUUUUCCGUAAGAUUAGUAAAGGGUUUUACAAUAAAGGAAAGCCAUUUCUUCUGGGCAUUGAGGAUCCACAGACUCCAGAGAAUGACAUUGGGAAGAGCUCCUUCAAUUACUUCCAGGUUCGGUCAGCAUUUUUAAUGGCUUUCACGACUCUGACAAAUCCCAAGGUCAUCCUGAGCUUAGGACCUAACAGGAGCAUUCUUGGCACUAUAAUUAGACCAGACCCUGUCUUGAUGGAGCGUAAAGGGGGAUCGAAUGGAGAAAUAACUUUUAAUAGUUUGCUUCCCGGUGCCGGUGAGCCAGUACAACAGCAGUUCGGAGAGAAUGAUAUGUUGUGCAAUUGGCAGUUGGAUUACGAGGAAGAACCACUACCACGAGGAGACGGAGAUAACACCAUUGCAGAGCCCAGCGCACAUUCUUCCAGAAAAAAGAGAAAAUCCGCCUCCAAGGACGAGAAUAAUAGUGAGAAGAAGCCAAAGGAAAACGGGCAUUCUCGGAAAAUCAAGAAUGAGGAGAAUGGUGCUCUGACAGAAAACGGUGUACACAAGAAACAUAAGAAAAAACGGGGCAAACAUUUUAGAUUUAGAUCAGAGGCCAGCUACUGA